AUGCUCGCUCUGCCGCCCCGCCGCCGCUCAGCAUACGAUCCAUCGAUGUACUUUUCGCACAACAACUUUGGCUCGCCCUUUGACGCCUUCAACCGAGUCAAGUAUGACGGACAUGCAAGUGUCGACUUUAGCGAUACACUGGCCUCGAUGAUAUCCGAGAGCGAUGCGCGCAAUGCGACCAACGGAGGCGCUCACCCGACGUUCCAUGGACAGCCGCAGCCCAACCCGUUCGAUCCGCACCAGUUCCCGCACGCCUCGUCUGGCCACCCCAUCCUCUCGCCCACCGGCCCAUUCCCCCCUGCCCACCAUGCCUUCCCUGCAUCCGCACCCGCCACCUCGGUUGCCGCAUCCAUUCCUUCCUUUUUCGACGGCUCAGACUACGCCUUCCUCAGGGGCGGCACCGACCGCGCCGACACUCCGAGCCUCGCUUCCCCCACCACUGCCGACUCGCCCUACUCCCAGACCGCCCCGCCUCUGACUAAUAUCAACACUGCGCCCUCCAAGCGCGGCUCCGGCUCGGCUGCCUCUCGCUCCCGGUCCCGCGGCCCCGCUGCUGCCUCGACCUCUCGCUCGCGCGGCGCAGGAGCAAGGAAGCGGGCGAGCAUCAGCUCCCCCAGUCCUCCUCCCGUCGCCACCAUCCCCAGCCAGAACGCGUGGUACAUCCCCACCCAUGGCUCCCAGCACGACGGAGCUGCCUUUGGCUUUGGCUCCAGCCUCGCCAUGUCCGGUGCCGGCGCCAGUCCAAAGAGCAUCGGUGCCAAGGUCUCCAUGGCCGAAGACCUCGCUGCCAAACAGGCCCAGAUACUCUCCGAAAAACGCCGUCGUAGGCGCGAGUCCCACAAUGCCGUCGAGCGACGCCGACGUGACAACAUCAACGAGAAGAUAUCUGAACUCAGCACACUCAUCCCCGAGUGCUUGUUGUCCGAGAAUCCCACGCCCACCAGCAAGGAUGACAUACUCGGCGCUGUAGAUGAAGAAGGCACCCGAGAAGGCCCGAAAGCGAACAAGGGCAUGAUUCUGCGCAAGAGCGUCGAUUAUAUCAAGUAUCUCCAACAGCUCGUCCGCGCCCAAGCCAACCGGAACCGCGAGCUCGAAUCUCAGUUGUCUCACUACCGAGGCACCACCGCUGAUGGAGCUCCCGCUUCUGACGAAUCCCCCCUCCCGCUGCUUCGCACAGGCGACUCGUCCACUCCUGUCGAUCUCGGCAACCUCUUCUCCAUCGAAGACGAAGACUCGAUGAUGUCCCCCGCAUCCACCCUCAACCCCGAACUCUCCAACCAGAUCAUGGCCACCCUCGAGAACCGACUCGAGUCCGCCGCCGGCGAGACCUUGAGUGCGGACGAAGACGAAGAGAGUCUGCUGGAUGAGGAUGAGCGUGGAAGGCAGUGCGCUCGUCGAGGCAGAUUCGGCAGGGGCGUGAGCCUGAGCGUGGGCAAGAGCGAGCGGGUGGACGAGGUUGACGAGUCGGCAUUGAGCGAUGGAAGCGGCAAGAUGGAGGACUAG